UUUUGAUUUUCAGAGAGCAAAUUCGUCAGUUAUCGCCGGCGUUUUCUUUUGCAUUCUAGGCUUACGAGAUGGCUCGUACGAAGAUGACAGCCCGUAUGACGACCGGCGGCUUCUGCCCGAGGCGUCAACUCGCCUAUAAGAGAUGUCAAUUGCCUCCAACAAUAGAAGCCGACGAGGAAACUCUGUUUUCUUGUGCUGAGUGUGUACGCGAAUCGCCUCUAACCUCAGAAAAAGUCGGGCAACCUCAGUUUUCUCGUUCUCAGAAGGCUUCAGCAACCGGAGGCGUGAAGAAACCUCACAGAUUCCGUCCUGGAUCUGAAGCUCUACGUGAACUUCGCAACAAUCGGAGGAGCAAUGAAGAUCUAAUCCUGGAAGUACCAUUUAAGAAUCUUGUUCGUCAAAUUGCUCAAGACUUCAAGAGGCAUGUGGUCUUGGCUUCGCAAGAGGAAGCAGAUGCAUAUCUUGCGGGGUUGUUUGUGGACAACAACUUCUAUGCCAUUAUCCAUGCCAAGCGCAUUACCAUCAUGCCCAAGGACAUUCAACUUGCUCGUAGGAUUCAUGGUGAUUGUUAGCAUUAAAGCUCCAAUGUUUCCAUAUCUGAAUUUGAAAUAUAGUGAUCUCCAAUUC